UUAGGUUCCCGCGCUCGCGUCGAGGACCUCGCGCCUCGCAUCGUGGAGGAUCCCUCGGAUUUAAUCGUCUCUAAAGGAGAACCCGCCACGCUCAACUGUAAGGCCGAGGGUCGACCCGCCCCGACCAUCGAGUGGUUUAAAGACGGCGAGCGCGUGGAGACGGACAAAGACGACCCUCGCUCGCACCGCAUGCUCCUGCCCAGAGGAUCGCUCUUCUUCCUGCGCAUCGUCCACGGACGCCGCAGCAAACCUGACGAGGGCGUUUACACCUGCGUCGCACGCAACCACGCGGGCGUCGCCGUGAGUCGCAACGCGUCGCUGGAAGUCGCCACUCUGAGAGAUGAUUUCCGCCAGGCGCCCAGUGACGUGGUGGUGGCUGCAGGAGAACCUGCCGUCCUCGACUGUGUUCCUCCACGUGGUCAUCCUGAACCCAGCGUCUACUGGAAACGCAACAACGUCCGAGUCAGCAGCAGAGAUGAACGCAUGACUAUGCGCAGCGGCAAACUGAUGAUCUCUCAGACCAGGAAGAGCGACGCUGGCAUGUUUGUGUGUGUGGGGACAAACAUGGUUGGAGAGAGGGACAGUGAUCCUGCAGAGCUGGUGGUCUACGAGCGACCCGUGUUGGUGCGAAGGCCGGUGAACCAGGUGGUGAUGGAGGAGGAGACGGUAGACUUCCUGUGUGAGGUCCAUGGAGAUCCUGCUCCCACUGUGCGAUGGCGUAGGGAGGAAGGAGAACUUCCCCGCGGGAGGUUUGAGAUCAGGAACAGUAACAGUCUGCGUUUGUUGCGUGUGAAGGAGGAGGACGAGGGGACGUACACGUGCACGUCAGAGAACAGCGUGGGGAAGACGGAGGCGUCGGCCGUGCUGCAGGUCCACGUUCCUCCUCAGAUCAGCUCGAAGCCCAGAGACCAAAUCACAACUCAGGGAAGCAGCAUCACCUUCUACUGCAGCACCACAGGAAAUCCUCCACCCGCCAUCUUCUGGCAGAAAGAGGGCAGUCAGAUGUUGCUGUUCCCCGGUCAGCCCCCGUCACAGUCGGGUCGUUACUCUGUGUCCAUGGGCGGAGCUUUGACCAUCACUGACGUCCACCCUGACGACUCUGGCUUCUACAUGUGUCAGGCCAUCAAUGUGGCAGGAAGUGUGCUGACCAAAGCGCUGCUGCAGGUGGAGGGAGGUCCAUCAGGUCGUGUGCCUCCCAUCAUUGGUCAAGGUCCAGCCAAUCAGACGGUGUCUCGUGGUGCAACGGCGCAGCUGCAGUGUCGGGUCAUCGGAGGACCUUCAGUCCAGAUUUCUUGGAAGAAGAACGGAGAGAAACUUCAGGGGAACAAACCGAGACUGACUCUGAUGGAGAACGGCACGUUACAGAUCUCUGACAUAAAGGACUCAGACUCAGGGACGUACAUGUGUGUCGUGUCCAGUUCUACAGGAGAAACCAGCUGGACCGGGACGCUGACCAUCAGAGAGGAUGGAGGUCCUCCAGUGUCCAGAGUCUCUGAGUUCCUUCAGCUUCCAGGACCUCCUCACAAACCUGUGGUGACAGACGUCACCAAAAACACCGUCACUCUCACCUGGCAGUCCAACCCACAUGAGGGCGGAGCCGCGGUCACCGCAUACGUCAUCCAAGCGUUCAGUCAGUCCGUGGGCAGCAGCUGGCAGACGGUGGCUGAUCACGUGCAGCAGGAGCGCCACACGGUGGUGGAACUUUUACCAAACACCGUUUAUCUCUUCAUCAUCCGAGCGGUCAACUCCUACGGCCUCAGUGACCCCAGUCCCAUCUCUGAACCUGUCAGGACUCACGACGGGAGUCCUUCAGUCCAGACCGUGGACCACAGACAGGUGCAGAGAGAUUUAGGAGAAGUUUCUGUUUACCUGCAGAAACCCGUGGUUCUGUCUCCAACCAGUGCCAGGAUUUCCUGGACUGUGGCUCGUCAGUCUCGCCACGUUCAGGGUUUCCGGGUUUUUUACCGGACCAUCGGCAGCUCAUGGUUGGUCCAGGACGUGAAGGCCACGUCUGACCUCAGCAGCAUCUUAGAAGAUCUCAAGAGCAGCACCGAGUAUGAGGUGAAGAUCCGGCCAUACUUUAACGAGCUGCAGGGACAUGACAGCCUCAUGGUUCUGCUGAGAACUCCUGAGGAAGUGGUGAGUGCGCCCCCUCAGGCUGUCUCCGUGGUUCAACUCACCAACAGCUCGAGCAUCAGUGUUUCAUGGGAACCUCCCCCUCACACAAUUCACAGUGGAAUCAUCCGUGAAUACAAGGUCUGGUGUCUGAGCAGGGACAGGGACCUGGACAGUGUGGACCAGGAGAAGCAGCAGAUCAACAGAACAGUGGACGGAGCAGUUCUGUCCAUCCUUCUGUCCGGUCUGCGUCCUGACGUCCACUACACUGUGACUGUGGCUGCUGUGACCGAGCUGGGUCAGGGAUCUGUGAGUCCUCCUGUCCAUCUGAUCCUCACUGUCCCUCUGGAGAAGUCUCUGACGCCUGUGGACAAAGACACUGACCUCAGCUUAUCGGAGCAGAUCAGCAGCGUGCUGUUUAAGCCCGCCUUCAUCGCAGGAGUGGGUGUGGCCGUGUGGUUGAUGGUGACAAGCGUCGGCGUUUGGUUUUACUGUCGUCACCGCAGCAGCAAACAGCUGGGACAUUACAGCACAUCCUUCGCCUACACACCAGCAGUUGGAUUUGCUCACGGUGAAGGAUCUGGGAUGUUAAACGGACGACCCAGCUUGUUGGGCUCAAACAUGGGGAAUUAUCCAUGGCUCGCAGAUUCAUGGCCAACUCCAAACCUGGACUCUGUCAAGUUCAACUCAGGAAAACUGGACUCAGGCAAAUAUUACAACACAGUUUCAGGUUUGAACUUCAAGAACCAGACAGAGUCUAACGAGAGUCCGAUCUACAGCACCAUCAACACUUCUGCUGCUGCUGCUGACCACGAGCUGCUCACCUACUACGACACCUACUGUAGCUCCUCCUACAACCAGGGUCCAGACCCCUACAGCAGCAACCCGGUACUGCUGGGUCUGGACCAGGACUUGGACCAGUGGACCAUCCAGUCCAGUCAGUCCGGGUCUGAAUAUGCCAAACUGCAGUACAGUAAGAAACACAACGACAAACUGAUGACACAGAAGUCGACGGGCUCCUCGUCUCAGUCAGCUCCUCUCACCUGGGUGGACGUGAUGUCACUUCCUGUUCCUGCUAACGAGGACAAGUGUCUGACAAAAAGAGAAGAAGAAGAGCAACUCAGCUUUGAUGAGGAUGAUGAUGAAGACGAGGAUGACUGGUGUCCCCCACUUCCUGCGAGGACUUAUCUGAUGGACACGUCCAGGGAUGAAGUGGCCGUCCUGUCAUCUAAAGCAGAUCAUCUGUUUUACCAGCCCAGCGACUCCUCACCCUCUCAUCACUGUCACUUAUUCACUCACCAUCAUCAUGAUCAUCACCUCAGCUCACAGGUUUCUCAAUCAAACCCAGAUCUGUUCACCACGAACCAGAGCCGCGACGCCACUGAGGUUCACAGCAGCAGAGCUGCUGAUUUCAGCCUCACCGCUCAC